GCAUUUAUUCCACUGGGAUAGAAGCGGCAGGAGCAGCGUUGGCACCGGCGAACCAUGGCUGGGAUUUUCUAUUUCGUCCUCUUUUCGUUUCUCUUUGGGAUUUGCGACGCUGUCACCGGUUCCAGGGUGUAUCCCGCGAAUGAAGUUACCUUAUUGGAUUCCAGAUCUGUUCAGGGAGAACUCGGGUGGAUAGCGAGCCCUCUGGAAGGAGGGUGGGAGGAAGUGAGCAUUAUGGAUGAAAAAAAUACACCAAUCCGCACCUAUCAAGUGUGCAAUGUGAUGGAGCCCAGCCAGAAUAACUGGCUGCGAACUGACUGGAUCACCCGAGAAGGGGCUCAGAGGGUGUACAUUGAGAUCAAGUUCACCUUGAGGGACUGCAACAGUCUUCCGGGCGUCAUGGGCACUUGCAAGGAGACGUUUAACCUGUACUACUACGAAUCGGACAACGACAAAGAGCGUUUUAUCCGAGAGAGCCAGUUUGCCAAAAUUGACACUAUCGCUGCCGACGAGAGCUUCACCCAAGUGGACAUUGGCGACAGAAUUAUGAAGCUGAACACGGAGAUCCGGGAUGUAGGGCCGCUGAGCAAAAAGGGGUUCUAUCUGGCGUUUCAGGACGUGGGGGCUUGCAUCGCCUUGGUGUCCGUCCGCGUGUUCUAUAAGAAGUGUCCACUAACGGUUCGCAAUCUGGCCCAGUUUCCAGACACCAUCACAGGGGCCGAUACGUCUUCCCUGGUGGAAGUCCGAGGCUCCUGUGUCAACAACUCAGAAGAGAAGGAUGUGCCAAAAAUGUACUGUGGGGCAGAUGGUGAAUGGCUGGUGCCCAUUGGCAACUGCCUAUGCAAUGCUGGGCACGAAGAGCGGAAUGGAGAAUGCCAAGCUUGCAAAAUUGGGUAUUACAAGGCCCUCUCCAUGGAUGCCACCUGUGCUAAGUGCCCACCCCACAGCUACUCUGUCUGGGAAGGAGCCACAUCGUGCACCUGCGACCGCGGCUUCUUCAGAGCUGACAACGAUGCCGCCUCCAUGCCCUGCACCCGCCCACCAUCUGCUCCUCUAAACUUGAUUUCAAAUGUCAAUGAGACGUCAGUGAACUUGGAAUGGAGCAGUCCGCAGAACACGGGUGGCCGCCAGGACAUUUCCUACAACGUCGUGUGCAAGAAGUGUGGAGCUGGUGACUCCAGCAAGUGUCGACCCUGCGGAAGCGGGGUCCACUACACCCCACAGCAGAACGGCCUGAAGACCACCAGGGUUUCCAUCACGGACCUCCUGGCUCAUACCAACUACACGUUCGAAAUCUGGGCAGUGAAUGGAGUGUCCAAGUACAACCCCAGCCCAGACCAAUCCGUGUCUGUCACAGUGACGACCAACCAGGCAGCACCCUCAUCCAUUGCUUUGGUCCAGGCUAAAGAAGUUACAAGGUACAGCGUUGCUCUGGCUUGGCUGGAACCAGAUCGGCCCAAUGGGGUGAUCUUGGAAUAUGAAGUCAAAUAUUAUGAGAAGGAUCAGAAUGAACGAAGCUAUCGGAUCGUCAGGACAGCUGCCAGGAACACGGACAUCAAAGGCCUGAACCCUCUGACGUCCUAUGUUUUCCAUGUCCGAGCCAGGACAGCAGCUGGCUACGGAGACUUCAGUGAGCCCCUCGAGGUCACCACCAACACAGUGCCCUCCCGGAUCAUCGGCGACGGGGCCAACUCCACUGUCCUGCUGGUCUCCGUCUCGGGCAGCGUGGUGCUGGUGGUCAUUCUCAUCGCAGCUUUCGUCAUCAGCAGGAGACGGAGUAAAUACAGCAAAGCAAAACAAGAAGCAGAUGAAGAGAAACAUUUGAAUCAAGGUGUUAGAACUUACGUGGAUCCCUUUACAUACGAAGAUCCCAACCAAGCAGUUCGAGAAUUUGCCAAAGAAAUCGAUGCAUCCUGCAUUAAGAUUGAAAAAGUCAUAGGAGUUGGUGAGUUUGGCGAAGUGUGCAGUGGGCGUCUCAAAGUGCCUGGCAAAAGAGAAAUCUACGUGGCCAUUAAGACGCUGAAAGCUGGUUACACAGACAAACAGAGGCGGGACUUCCUGAGCGAGGCCAGCAUCAUGGGACAGUUUGACCACCCGAAUAUCAUUCACUUGGAAGGCGUCGUCACCAAAUGUAAACCAGUAAUGAUCAUAACAGAGUACAUGGAGAAUGGCUCCUUGGAUGCAUUCCUCAGGAAGAACGACGGCAGAUUCACAGUCAUUCAGCUGGUGGGCAUGCUCCGUGGCAUCGGGUCCGGGAUGAAGUAUUUAUCCGACAUGAGCUACGUGCAUCGAGAUCUGGCUGCACGGAACAUUCUGGUGAACAGCAACUUGGUCUGCAAAGUAUCUGAUUUCGGCAUGUCCCGGGUAUUGGAGGAUGACCCGGAAGCAGCGUACACCACCAGGGGUGGCAAGAUUCCUAUCCGGUGGACCGCGCCAGAAGCAAUCGCCUACCGUAAAUUCACAUCAGCAAGCGACGUAUGGAGCUACGGGAUCGUGAUGUGGGAAGUGAUGUCGUACGGAGAGAGACCCUACUGGGACAUGUCCAAUCAGGAUGUGAUUAAAGCCAUCGAGGAAGGCUAUCGGCUGCCCCCUCCAAUGGACUGCCCCAUUGCACUCCACCAGCUGAUGCUAGACUGCUGGCAGAAGGAGAGAAGUGACCGGCCUAAAUUUGGGCAGAUUGUCAACAUGUUGGACAAACUCAUCCGCAACCCCAACAGCUUGAAGAGGACGGGGACCGAGAGCUCCAGACCUAACACUGCCUUGUUGGAUCCAAGCUCCCCUGAAUUCUCCGCCGUGGUAUCGGUGGGCGACUGGCUGCAGGCCAUUAAAAUGGACCGGUAUAAGGAUAACUUCACUGCUGCUGGCUAUACCACUCUCGAGGCAGUUGUGCACAUGAACCAGGAUGACCUGGCCAGAAUUGGCAUCACGGCUGUCACACACCAGAAUAAGAUUUUGAGCAGCGUCCAGGCGAUGAGAACCCAAAUGCAGCAGAUACACGGCAGAAUGGUUCCUGUCUGAGCCAGUAUUGAAUAAACUCGAAACUCUUGAAAUUAGUUUACCUCAUCCAUGCACUUUAAUUGAAGAACUGCACUUUUUUUACUUCGUCUUCGCCCUCUGAAAUUAAAGGAAAAAAAAAUUUAUCUGCAGCGUUGCUUGGUGUACAGGUUGCUGAAACUGCCCGGGGCUUACAGAAACGACAACCGUCGUUUGAAUUAGACCUGGAACAAAUUGUUUCUUGGACGUACUUCCGGCCAUCACCAGUUUGUAAGAUACAUGUACCUAUAGACAUAGAACAUCACCUCCAAGUUUGGAUGCCGUAUUUGCUGCCAGACACUGAGCUUCCCUGAGACAUUUUUGAUCCUCUCUCCACUUGGAAUUACAACCAUAGUGUUUUGUUCGUGGCAUAAACUACAGUCAUCCUUCUUUCACUGGAAUACAGAUCGUGCCCAGGAACAUUUUUGAAGGACUCAGUUGUAGCUUUUAAGGCUUGUUUCGUACUGUGGAUAAAACCUAGGUGAAUGCCACGUAACCCAUCAGUGUUGCCCCUCGGUGCUCGGGCCAGCUGGUGGGUGGCAAUGACAUGCGGGGCUGGAGAGAAAAGGAAAGUGGAUUUAAAAGUAAUAAUAAUUAAUACUAAUAAUAAAUACCCAAGCACCAUACCCCCUACCUGGACAAACGAGGUCUGUUUCUUUAAGGGCCCGAGGCUGUGCCGUCUAAGUCUUAUUUGGGAACUCUACAAACUCAUCAUAACUACCUUAUGGAUAGUGGACUGUGACAAUCUUCUGUAGAGAGCUUUCAUACUUCCCUCCUUGGAAGAAGCAAACCCAAACCUACAAGGGAGUAGAUUCUGCUGUCUUGGCCUCACAGCCCUUCCCGUUGAUUCCAAAGCCCACAGAAGAAAACAGAACGCGCCCUCCUCGCUUCCUCCUCCACGUGUUUCUUCUGCUUCUACUCUGCCAGGUCUGGAGCAAAGACACCGAUGAAACAACACCCAUCCCUGCGAAGAAUGAACGUCUGACUUGCAAAUGCCCUUGCCCAGUGGAAGAAACAGCAAACAUCCAAGCUUCAGCGUCUGUUCUCCUGUUGCACUGAGGAAUGUCCUGUCUCGCAGCACCAGCUCUGCAGAGCCCUUCUUCCCAAACUCCUUUGAUUUUAUUUAUAUGUAUUUCCACAUCUCCUUCCUGUACGUCAUGGCUGCAUUGGUGUGGCAGCAAGUGACUGAAGGCUACAGGUCUUACUACGGACACCAGGUCGGGUGCCACUCGGCAAAACAAAGCCAGUUCCCAUGAACUGCCUAUGAUAUGCAUUGCUGAAGUAACGUUUUUACCCAGGGUGUGCCAUCGCAGUGAUAUAAAUAUAUUUUUUUCCUGACUAACUA